CAUGAAGACAGAAGCUGCUGAUCCUGCUGUUGGUCAGUUGGUGGCGCUGAUGGAGCAAAGAAGGUUUAUUAUCAAGCAGCAGAAAAUUACACAGAAGAAGAACAGGAGGCCCGCCUCUGUCUUCUAUCACGUCCUCAGUGGAGAUUUAAACCUCCGUCAAUCCAGCAGCGGCAUCAUUGAGCAGAAACUUGAACAUCAGUUAGAAUGUCUGGACGAGGCAAAGGAGGAAAAGGACUCGGUAAAGGAGGCGCCAAGCGGCACCGUAAAGUCCUCCGUGAUAACAUCCAGGGAAUCACCAAGCCCGCUAUCCGCCGUCUGGCUCGUCGUGGUGGAGUCAAGCGUAUCUCAGGUCUGAUCUACGAGGAGACUCGUGGUGUGUUGAAGGUCUUCCUGGAGAACGUCAUCCGUGAUGCUGUCACCUACACCGAACACGCCAAGAGGAAGACGGUGACCGCCAUGGAUGUGGUGUACGCUCUCAAGAGGCAGGGCCGCACUCUGUACGGCUUCGGAGGUUAAAGUCAGCGUUCAUGCAGCAAAACAAAGGUCCUUUUCAGGACCACAUAUCUUCUCUACAGGGCAGCAGUCGACUUAUCAAUGAUUUAACAUUGAGUCUUCAGAGAUGAGAAACCAGACAAACUGUUGAUUCUAACAAUACAUCAAAAAAUAUUUCUCAUAGUUUUAUCAAAGUAGAUCAUGCAGAGGUUACAGCAGCUCUGACCCUCUACUGAGUUUAUUUUCUAUAGUAGUCUUUCCUGUUCAUGCUUAUUCGGUGAUAUGAAGCUGAUCAGACUGUAGUCUUUCUUCUUUUUUUUUGUCUUCUGGACUUUGAAAUGUAAGAACUGAGAGACUGCUGCUGGAGAAAAGGAGAUCAGGAGACAGAACUGAGGAGGAUAUGAAAGAAAAAAUCAGGGAGUCCACGGCCAGCUAUAGAUAAACAAACUCUGAAUGAUUAUGAAACUCUUUGCCUACAGGAUGCUUAUUGUGAAGUGAUUGGUAGAAAUGUGAUUUCUUUUUUUAAACAUAAAUCUGUUUAAGGAGCAACAGCCUGCUGGUUCAUUGUAUUAAGGGUCUGCUAUUGAAAUAAAAAUGCUCUGAAAUUGAGUAUUUUGAUACCAGAUGACAAAAGUGUAAUAUUAGAGAAAAAAGUGACAAGUAGGAGAGACUCCUGUGAAUAUUAACUUUUUAAGCUUAUUUUAUUUGAUCAUGUUGCCAACAUAUUAAAUGAUCAAAGGAAUUUUCUGAUAGAAUAAUUAUUUCAGUAACAGCUGCAUGUUUCUGUCCUUAUUAAAAUCAUUCAUUUCUUAACCAUACAUCAAGAACGGGCUGAUUUUAGAUUUUGAAGGAUGAUAAAGACAGAAAACUACAGUCAUCCUUUUAAAAUUUGUCAAAUUAUUUUUCAGGAGGUGCUGAGCCUCUAGAUCGGAUCCAGUCUGGAAAUAAAUCAAUUAUGUGCCAUUAAAUUAGGUUUUUUGUUGUUACA